AUGUGGUUGAUAAGACAACAGCGUUUCGUGUCUGCUUGGGAUCGACUCGUUGAUUUGUCAGAUCUAGCGUUUCUAAAUCGCACGAGAAGAUGUAAAAUCUGUGACACACUGAGUGAAAUGCCAAAUGUACAAUGUCGGGAACGUUACCAAUUGCCUGUGAAAUUCGAUUUUCGUAUCUGGUUCCCCAUGCAUAUGUCUGUGCAGUUGAAACGCAUGGUCGGCAAACUGAGAACAGUGGAUCUUAUCAUUGAAGUGCAUGACGCUCGGGUACCAAUCACUGGACGUAAUCCUCAGUUUUAUUCGUCUUUGUAUGCCGUACGACCACAUAUUCUUGUAAUGAAUAAAAUGGACCUUAUCAAUACGGAUUUAAGAAAACCAAUCGAAGAUUAUUAUCGUGAUAAUGGUAUAACGAAUUUAGUAUGGACAAAUUGUAAAAACCGUCUGAAGAAACCACUCACAAACUUACAAAAUAUGAUGUUGCGAUGUCUUCGUGAAGAACCACGUUUCAACCGAACUGUGAAAACGGAAUACCAGGUUAUGGUAGUAGGCAUCCCUAAUGUUGGCAAAUCAUCGCUAAUCAACUCACUACGAUUAACCAAUCUUGGAAACAAUCAGAAAGCUGUAGAGGAAGGUAGCAGACCAGGAGUAACAGUACGUGUCCAAAAUCGUGUGCGAAUUCACGAUCAACCGCCAAUAUACAUACUCGAUACACCGGGAGUACUAAAUCCAUUGGCGCGAGAUGCAGAUAGUGCAAUGAAAUUGGCUUUGUGCAAUCUUAUUUUGGAAAGUGCUACGCAAAUUCACUAUGUUGCCGAUUAUCUGCUAUACUGGUUAAAUAAGACGGGUGACUAUUCGUAUGUUAAAUUUUUCAACCUGCGCAAUGGACCAUCAGAUGACAUACAAAAAGUGUUAUUGGAUAUAUGCCAAUCGAAUGAUAUUCGCUUUAAAUGCUAUAUUGGUGGCCAACGAGCUGAACGAUGGGACAUCGAUGUGGCAGCCAAAUUGUUUAUCAAUAUGUUUCGGAACAACAAACUACGUAACCACUGCUUAGAUACUGAUUUCCUGUGGGAUUAUAUGAAUAAAAAUGAAUAA